GCGUUUUGGGGGGGAAUGGAGGCGAUCGCCAGUCAGAUGGGAAAUGGGAGAGAUGCAAGCUCCUCCCCAAAUUCAAAGCAAGAGCUGCAGCCGUACCAGGGCUCCAAUACCCUCAAGCCCAACCAAGUGGGUGAGACCUCCCUGUACGGCGUGCCCAUCGUGUCCCUGGUCAUCGACGGGCAGGAGCGGCUGUGCCUGGCGCAGAUCUCCAACACGCUGCUCAAGAACUACAGCUACAAUGAGAUCCACAACCGGCGCGUGGCCCUGGGCAUCACCUGCGUGCAGUGCACGCCGGUGCAGCUGGAGAUCCUGCGGCGGGCCGGGGCCAUGCCCAUCUCCUCCCGCCGCUGCGGCAUGAUCACCAAGAGGGAGGCGGAGCGGCUCUGCAAGUCCUUCCUGGGCGAGCACAAGCCGCCCAAGCUGCCCGAGAACUUCGCCUUCGACGUGGUGCACGAGUGCGCCUGGGGCUCCCGGGGCAGCUUCAUCCCGGCGCGCUACAACAGCUCCCGGGCCAAGUGCAUCAAGUGCAGCUACUGCAGCAUGUACUUCUCGCCCAACAAGUUCAUCUUCCACUCCCACCGCACCCCGGACUCCAAGUACACGCAGCCCGACGCCGCCAACUUCAACUCCUGGCGCCGCCACCUCAAGCUCAGCGACAAGACGGCCACGGAGGAGCUGUCGCACGCCUGGGAGGAUGUCAAGGCCAUGUUCAACGGCGGCACCCGCAAGCGGACCUUCUCCCUGCAAGGCGCGGCCGCCGGCGGGCCCGGGGCCGGCUCCCCCGCCGCCAAGGCCGCCCUGCACCCUCCGCCGCCCGCCGGCCCCGAGCUGGCCCCGGCGCACAAGAGCCUCCGGUGCAGCGGGCAGGAGGCGGCGGGCGAGCGCGGCGCGCUGGGGCUGGCGGCGGCGGCGGCGGCGGCGCACGGCGGGGCCGCGGGCGCGCACGGCGGGGCGGGCGCGGUGCGCAGCUACCCGGUGAUCCCGGUGCCCAGCAAGGGUUUCGGGAUGCUGCAGAAGCUGCCGCCGCCUCUCUUCCCUCACCCUUACGGCUUCCCGGCCGCCGCCUUCGGACUGUGCCCCAAGAAGCAGGAGGAGGCGCUGGGCGGCGCGGGGGGCGGCGAGGCGGGCAAGGGCGGCGCGCUGCCCCCCGGAAUGUUCUGGGGACCCCCGCACCCCCACCCGCACCAGCCGGCCCAGCCGCCCCACCAGCCCGGCGCCGCCAAGGACAGCGGCGUGUACCCCUCGUUCCCCGUGUUCUGGCCGGCCGCCGGCAGCCUGCCCGUGCCGCCCUACCCCGCGCAGAGCCCGGCCAAGGCGGCGGCCACCGCCGUGGUGGUGGCGGCGGCGGCGGCGGCGGCGGCGGCGGCGGCCGAGCCGGGGGGGCUGGCGGGGAGGCACGGAGAGCUGGAGGGCUCGGAGCCCUCGGGCAGCGGCCGGAGCAGCGCGACCCCCCAGGAGGGCGCCGGCGCCGAGGGCGAGCGCUGCCCCAGCGCCCUGUCGCGGGCGGCGGGCGAGGAGGAGCGCUCCGGGGACGAGGCGCUGCUCGCCCCGCUGCCGCUGCCCAGGAAGGGCAGUUACCUGUCCGCCUUCCGCCCGGUGGUGAAGGACGCCGAGAGCAUCGCCAAGCUCUACGGCACCCGCGAGGCUUUCGGCGGCCGCGGGCCCGGCUACCUCUCGCCGGACUUCCUCAGCGAGGGCAGCUCCAGCUACCGCUCGCUGUCCCCCGGGGGGGACACGGCCGAGGAGCCCGAGGUGGAUGUGGAGUCCAACCGCUUCCCGGAGGAUGAGGAGGAGGAAGCCGCCGCCGCCGCCGUCCCCGCCGUGGCCCCCGCCGAGAGCCGGGAGCCGCCGCCGCCGCGGCUGCUGGCCGGGCCCGAGGAGCCUCCGGCAGCCGGGAACGACGGGCCCGAGGAGAAAGCGGCCGAGGCGGGGCCGCAGGACAGCGGCCAAGCCCCCGACGGCAGCCCCGAGAGCAGCGGCAGCAGCGGCGCCUACGAGGUGCGGGGUCGGGGGAAUGGGAGGAUGUGCCCUCGGGGGUUCCAGAAGGGGGAUCUGCCCUCGGGGGUGUUCGCAGCGGAGAGAGGGGAGCACCUGCAGCCGCUGAAGCCCGCAGCCUCGCUGGCAGCCCCCGCCGCCUUCCUCUGCACCCCCGAGGCCAAGGAGCAAGAUAAAGAAGACAAUCACUCCGCGGCAGAGGAUUUAGAGAGCAGAAAAUCCUAUCAGGACCAAAGGAACGUCUCUCAUCCCAGCCCUGUAAAUACCGACAGAGGCGAGGACGGGCUGGCCAUGGAUGUCACCGCGACGCAGCUGCUGGAAAAGGACAUCGAGAACCUGGCCCGAGAUGAGUUACAAAAACUGGUCCUGGAGCAAAUGGAGCUGAGGAAAAAGCUGGAGAGGGACUUCCAGAGCCUGAAAGAUAACUUCCAGGACCAGAUGAAACGGGAGCUGGCGUACCGGGAGGAGAUGGUGCAGCAGCUGCAGAUCGUCCGAGACACGCUGUGCAACGAGCUGGACCAGGAGCGGAAAGCGCGCUACGCCAUCCAGCAGAAAUUAAAAGAGGCUCACGACGCGCUGCAUCACUUCUCCUGCAAGAUGCUGACCCCGCGGCACUGCACGGGGAGCUGCUCCUUCAAACCGCCGCUGCUGCCCCAGUGA